AUGAUGUUCCGUGGAUUAGAUGAAAAGAAGAAUCUUCCAAUGCUAGCCGUAAAGGGGGAGCACAACCAGACUGGUAACACGUGGUACGCCGCGGCCAGUAUCUUAAGAAAAAGACUGCAGCAAGGCAGGUGGAGCAGCGUGCAGAUGAUGAUGCAGGUGAUGAUCACGUGGAAAAGGAACGUCUACGCGUUUCGUCUCUUAGCUGAGGCUUUAUCAAGACUCCAGAUCCUCCCCACUUAUGAGGCCUAUAUACCUAAAUGGGAGGCAUAA